AUGUUAUUGUAAAAGCAUCGAAAUCUGGCAAAAUGACAUCAGAUCAUUUUAAAAUGUGGUUAGAAGAAGCUUAUUUUCCAAACAUUGGUUCUAAUAGCGUUCUUCUUAUCGAUUCAUGGACUGGACAUUGCCCUAAUAUCAUUUCGGAUUUAACACCUUCGGGAAAACGUAUUAUUACUAUGAUAAUAUCAAAAGGCACUACAAGAAAAAUACAACUAUUAGAUGUGUAUGGAUUUAGAAUUUGGAAAAAUUUUGCUAAAAGAUUUUCAGAUAUUGUUUUACUAUUGGAAAGCAAUAUAAAUUUGCAUGAACGAAAUAAUAUAAUAAAGUUGCAAUCACUGAUACAUAAUCAGUUGUCAUCCCCACGAUAUCACAACUUGUUUAAAUAUUCGUGGUUUAAAAGCGGUUAUACAGACGAAAGACCAGAAGACUUUAAAAACCCUGUACAGUUUAGUUUUGACGAAACUUCAAUUACAUGUGACAUCGAAGGUUGUAACAAUAUAGCGGUAAUAAGAUGUUCGUGGUGUAAAAAGUCAUUAUGUUUGAAACACUUUUUCCACAAAUAUCAUUAUUGUAAUGAGUAUAAUGAGAGCGAAUAACUCUAAAUAUAAAUUUAUUAUAUUCUUUUAAUUAUUAAGUAUGUUUAUGAAUUAUUGUGUAAACUACAAAAUAUAAAAGCAUAAAUAUGUAAAAAUAUGUACGAAAAUAUCCGAAAAUAUAUACAACAACAUCAGUCCUUAAUCCCUAUGAGCCAUAAACCCUUCAUUGGAUGUACGUGUGAUUUUUUAGAAAUAUUUUAUUAUUAUAAUUCACAAACGUUUCGGUCAUAUAUUUGGCCAUUAAUGUGCUCUUCUAAAACAAAUAAUUCUUCUCUAGUACUCUAAAGUUGUCUUCUUCAUAUUACGUGCGCUUAAUAUGUAAUGUCUUUCCCAGGGAAUCGCCAAAAGCCAUUAUAUAUUUUCGAAUCUUAUUAG